UUUUAAUAGAGUUUUAGAUUAUAAACAGCAUUGCAUCAUCAUACUUUUUGGUCAAUUUUUGAUUUUCUAAAUAUUCUUUAGUUUUGACAGACAAAGAGUUUUAAUCGUUGGCUGUUUCAAGGCUAGAUUGGUUAAAAUGAUCACAUUUCUCAAAUAAACCACUGAAUUAAUUGUGAUUCGCUUUACACUUAAAAUAUCACUGGGAUUCCAGAUGAUACUAAUUUCUCACAGCACUUCAUUACAUUGUAGUUUUCAUUUUUCUUUUUUUAAACUCACAAACUAACACAGCUCAGCAUAGGAAAAAGAGACAAGCAACCAAACAUUGUGCUUUCCUAAAGUGCAGAUGCAAAUGAGGUCUGUCUGUCUUAUAGACAACUCAGUCUUUGACUUUUCUUGCCUGUGCAGAGGCACUUACAAAGGCCUUUGCUGAGGAGAAGGAUCACACAUAGUUACAGUCUCAAGGAAAAACACGACAGACAAAGAAAGGUGUGGGAGGUAAAGCAACCUUCAGCUUCUACAGAGAUCCUGCAGUUAUGAUAGCAAUUUCAUCAUGUUUUAGUUAAACUAAUAUCUGUGAAAUCAAUUUUCCAACCUAAAAAAGGAUCAGCCAGACACCAGAUGUAAAGGGAAUGUUUCAAAAUGGUGCUGGAACAGACAGAGGUGGAGAAAACCGGAGUAGUCACCAAAAUCAGUACCAAGAGGAGAACUGUUCAACCUUUUGCAGCAUACAGAUGAAGGCCAGAGGAAUCAGUUCAUCUCUGAUCUCAGCUAAACCCAUGUCUACCGAGGUAUCUGUUGACUUGGACAGUGAUUUCAGAGGUUCUGGCUCAUCUCACAUUCAAAGCUCCGCUCUAAAACAGCAGAGUGCCAGUGGAAAUACAAGCAAAUAUUUUAGACAGCACAGACCAUCAGUACUACGCAAAGGCAACCAGCCAUUCCCACAAGCAUUUGGUGUUCACGACUGGGUUGUGAACACUGUGUGUAAGCCAGAACCUGACAGUGACCCGUCAGACCCUGUGCCACUUUACAACAGCCAGUCUGAAAGCAGACUCGGUGCCUCUGUGUCAAGCCCUCAGCCUGGCAGCACAGAGCAUACGGAGAAACACAUUUCUACUGAACAUGCUCCUGGGGACAGAUGUAUAGCCCAGCUGAGAAUGCAGAAAGACAAAGUACAAUACAUGGAGAAUCAGUUGACUGCAGAGAGACGGAAACUGCAGGCUAUGCAGUUACACCUAUUUGAUGUCACAUCUACCUCUGAGGAUGAUAUCGGUGUGGAGAACCCGGGACAUCUGUCAGGACAUCUGUCACGACUCCUGCAACCUGCAGCAUUUCAGAACGCAAAUGGUGUUUAUGACAAUGAGAGAGCAGCAGCUGAAGCGUUAACACAAGGAUUCUGGCAGAUCUCUACCUCACAAGUUAUACCAGGGAUUAUCCCCAGUUUUGAGUAUUAUAAGUUCACAAAUAUUAGGCCACCUUUCACCUACGCCUCCAUGAUACGAUGGGCCAUCCUGGAGUCCCCUGAGAAGCAGCUUACUCUGAAUGAAAUCUAUCAUUGGUUUACCCGCAUGUUUUUCUACUUUCGUCACAACACUGCCACAUGGAAGAACGCUGUCCGGCAUAACCUCAGUCUUCAUAAGUGCUUUGUGCGUGUUGAAGGCAGGAAAGGUUCUGUUUGGACUGUGGAUGAAGAGGAAUUUCUGAGAAGAAAAGGACAAAGGUUUCACAGGGACCAGGAUAUGGGCUGGAUGGCACCUUUUCACCUGUUUCCUGUGACUCCACAAAAUGAAACUCCUCAGAUGUGAGGCUCAAAUGGACUCAUUAAGAGACCGCAACAACAUUUCAACCACUAACAAUAUUUUUUUAUUGUAAGAAUGAUAGAUAUGAUUGUUUAAAAUGGUUGUUUGUAAAUGUAUACAGUAGGUGGCAGUCUAUUUCAAACCUAAUUAUGUUUUUCUUUUUUGGAAAAAGUGUAAGGAAUCAAUAUGUAGUUUACAUAAUCCAAAAAUAAAGUUAAGAAGUGGGUGUUCAAACUUAUUAUCCUUCUUGCAUGUAAAUUUACCUAUAAAAAGUACAAGUACAUACAUUUUUAUAAUGCCUACAGAGAUACAUCAAUGAUAUGAAUGGUAUCCUAUGUAAAUGCAUUUAAUAUGGUGCUUAAUUCAAUAUUGAUAGCUAUGCUGUUAAACAAUAACUGUAUAUUAAUGUCUUAAAAUAUUAUAAAUCCAAAUAAAGGCCAAAAUGUAAACGCAA